AGCUUCGCACAUCUUCUCAAAUAAAAUAGUAAUAGAAAAACAAGACACGUCAGUGCACGACAGAUAGCAGCGUCGAGGAAGAGCACAACACAGAUUUUGGUUUUGGUAGAACCCGUUGAACUGUCUCACCCCUCCUGGGAUUAUCUUUUUUGCUUUGUUUUGAUCACCGUGGGAAAAAGGAAUAGCAAUUUCUCGUGUUUAAAAAUCUCGAGCGAUCGACCGAAACGUGAGGAAACAUGAAGGUCGAGUCUCGUGUCAGCAUGGUGUGCUCGCUCGCUCUUCUUCUCUUGGCCAUCUGCCACGUCAGACUGACCAAUGCCCUCACUUACCACUUCAUCGAUGGCACUCCGCUCUGCUUUUCGGAGACGAUCGAAAAUGUGGCUGAAAUGCAGAUCACCGGCUCCUACGAAUGGAUCUCCAACAAGGCUUACCCGCAGGAAGAAGUACGGCUGAGCCUCAGCAUCACCGACCCGUCCUCGCACGUGCACUACAUGAAGAAGAUGACGGAAGGCGAACACUCGUUUGCGAUUUCGCUAGCGGCCACCGUGCUUCCAGGCGAGCAGCUCAUCUGCUUCACUCCGCAGCCCAAGUUCGUCGCUACGGAGGAAAACCCGCUGAGGCUGGUCGUGGAGCUCGAUCAGGUGCAGCGCGAGAGGCCGGACAAGGACAAAAUAGUUGUGGAGAACAUCCGCAAGCGGAAGCAGGUGGACGGACUCGAAGUUUUCACUUUUCGCGAGGCGGGCGGUCAGCUGAAGGUGAACCUGCAGCCGCGGGUGUAUCUGAAGAGGAUCGAGGGGGCACUGGAAUCGAUGGAGUCCGCGCUGGAUAAGCUUGUAGCGGGCCUCGAAACCAGCGUCAACCGCGAGUCGCGCAUGCGGAAGACAUCCGAGAGCACCUUCACACGCGUGUGGGUGUGUGCCGUGUUGCUCAUCGGUGUCAUCACCGGUGUGUUGUGGAUGGAGUUCCGCUUUCUGAAGUCUACGCUGCGCAAGAAGAAGCUUGUGUAA